ACGGGAGAGAUACUGCAGCACUUUGACUUUACAGCUGUUUAUGUGUCUGUUACCGAGGGAUGACAAAACUUCUGGAGUGGGAAACUUUCCGGACAAUGUGAGAAAGCCAUGAAGGUAAAGCUGAGAGUGGUUUGGGAUGCUGUCCGAGUGUUUAUGACCCUUUGGUCUGUGUUCAGCGUUCACACGGUUUUGCUGGUCCACGGUCAGGAAGGUGAUGGUUGUGGACACACAGUCUUGAGUCCCAAGAGUGGCACCGUGGCCUCACGGAACUACCCCGGCACCUACCCCAACCACACACAGUGUGUGUGGACCCUGAAAGUGCCGACAGGAUACACACUGCGCCUCACCUUCGGGGACUUUGACCUGGAAUGGAGUAAGGACUGCAAAGCUGGAUCUCUUACCAUCACUGACAAAAGUAAAGCCAUCAACUUGGGACCUCUGUGUGGACAGCUGGCUGCCUCAGACAAGAGCAUGUUGGUGAACAGUAGUGAAGUGACAGUGCACUUUGUGUCCAGCACUCACCGCUCUGGACGAGGCUUCCUGCUGUCUUACUCAACCAACCGACACCCAGACCUCAUAUCAUGUCUUCACAGAGGAAGCCACUUCACCUCCCAGCAGAUCAGUGUGUUUUGUCCUGGGGGCUGCAAGGAUGUGGCAGGGGAGAUCUGGGGUCAGCAUGGACAAGGCUACAGAGAUACCUCCAUGCUAUGCAAAGCUGCAAUCCAUGCAGGGGUCAUAUCAGACAACCUGGGAGGCAUAAUUAAUGUGACCCGGCACAGAGGCAUCACGCUGUACGAACCGAGUUUUGCUAAUGGAGUUCUGUCCAGAAUAGGGUCAUUGUCCGAUAAGAGGCUAGUCUUCAGCAGAGCAUGUGACAGUCUGUUAGCGGUUAUGACCUUCAAUGCAUCCUCCAUGUCGGAGGAUGUGGACAGACUGAACUGGAUUCCAGAAAAUGGGAACUCAAGAGGCCAGUUUGUAAAGUGGCACGCCAGCAGUGAGGAUCAGCAACCAUGGCUGGAGCUGGAGCUCUUUAAUCAGAGCAACAUCACAGGAAUAAUAACAGAGGGACUGUCAAACUCUUUCAUUGAGACUUACAUAAUCAAGUUUCGCAAAGACCACAAAACCUGGAAAAAUUACAAGGAUGCAACCAGCAAAGAGAAAAAGGUGUUUGAAGCCUACUCUGAUGGCCACACAAUGGCUCUCAACAGCCUGUUUCCCCCAAUAACAGCCCGUUACCUCCAGAUCUGGCCCCAGCGCUGGCACAGAAGAGUCUCUGUACAGGUGCAAGUGCUUGGCUGUCCAUUGCCUGGGUUGAUUCCCCGAUCCCGCCCUGGUGGAUCCAGCGUGGAGAAGACGGUUCCCACAGAAACCGUGCUGCCAAAUGAGUUCUCCACGGAGAGUCCUGUGGUCAUAAGCUCAAGCCAAAAUUCCAACCAUCCAGUGAUAUUGGUGAUCGGUGUGGUUCUGUGUGUGGCUCUGUGUGUGUGGUGUCUGUUGGCAGGACUGUUGUGGAGGAGAAGGAAAAAGGGUGUGAACAUGAAUAAGUGUUGCCUCGACACAGACUGUCAAGGUGUCCAUGGGAAAAAACUGCCAUAUACAGAAUCAGAGCUUGUGUCCUACCCUCUGGCGAGGAGCAUCCAUGACAGCCUGCCUAACCCUCCUCUCAAUGAGUAUGCUGAGCCUGAUGUUCUUGCAAGUGGCCCGAAAGUGGGUGUCACCUUCCGGCCACCUCUGGAUGAGGGCUACACUGUUCCCUUUUCCAUUAACCAUUAUGACACACCAAAUCAGCUUCCUCAAUACGCUGAGCCCCUGCGGCUCGAGCCAGAAUACGCCACACCAUUCAACGAGCCUGUCCUUGAUCCCUCCAUCACCACACAGCUAAAGACUCUGCAGAACUUCUCUCACCUUCAUACAGCUCCCAGUGCCUUACAAUAUGACUGCCCUGCUCACCGACGUCUUUCUAAUGGAUACUGCACUCCUUUUAUCAGCGGCAUCACAAACUACACACAACCCCAGCCUGUAGAUUCGGUAGUGCAGCAUACAUAUCACGAGCCCCUGUGAGCACUGAACACUUGGCUUUAAAUCUUAUCAGCAAAGGUCAUGUUUGCAGUUUUCAACUGUAAAUAGUAAAAGUUUCCAGGCUACUGUGAGACAUAAAGAAUCCAUUGUUGGCUCCUGUGAGAAGCAGAUGGAGCCAGUUGGACCAUGCACAAGUAUAUACUGUUAUUAUUUAUUUUGAAAUGGACAAAAUAAAUCUCCAUUUUCAUGACUUUGUUAGAUGGAGGUCCACAGUGAGCCAGACUGUGGAUUCACUUUGACUUCAUUCCUACCGCAAGUGCACCUCUAUAAUCCCUUAUAGUUUAUUAAUGAUGAGGAGGGUGUAAGAGACACAGCUGCAGAGGAGUACAGUCGGUGCCAUGCACUGUAACCACUGUUUUUUUUUUUGUUUUUUUUUUCCUGUUAUGGAUGUUUUUGGGUCAGCUUUACACCUAUAAUGUAUGUAUAUCCUUGAUUAUUUCAGCCUGAAUUAAGCAGCAUUGUAUACCCAAAGCACCUUUUAAAAUGACAAAUGAUCAGUUAUAAUGGUGAACUAGAUUUAUGUAUUAUGGAUGCAGUACCACUAUUUGUUAUUGACUAAUUACUGCUUUAUAUGAAGUUAAGGAUUUGGAUUCUAUGAUGGACCACUGACUUUUGUUUGUUUUGUUUAUUUAUAUAAGUAUUUUUUUUAUAGAAACUAAUAUACAGAAAGUACAUACUGUACGUGAUUAUGGUGCACAAGUAUGCUGAGGUACAAAGCAGUUUUAUUGCAAAAAAAUAGUUAGUACUUUUAUAGAAAACAAUAACAGCCUUAUCUAGCGCAUAUAUUUAAAGGAUUGAAUUGUACUUCAGUGUGACUAUACCCAAGAAAUAUUUGGCCAUAUUUAUAUUUACUUAAGGAUGAAUCGAAUACUUGCACUCUUACUUAAUUACAUCUGGUUUUUUUUUUUUUAAACACUCCUUACAUAUAGACCUUAACAUUACUUGUUACAAAUCUCAAAGGUCUCUUAUUUUCUCAUCCUACUAAUGAUUGUAUGCUAUGCAGUAGUUGAAUGAAAUGACAUUUAGCAUCCAGACAGGUUCCUAAAUGGACCAAAAAAAAACAACCCUGUUCCAAUUUAUCAUCUGUGGUGACCUUCUCAUGCUACACGACGUAGUUAACACUAUUCGUGUGGGUUUGAAGAUGGAUAAUCCACCAGACUUCAGUGUGAAAGUUGAGGAUGAGCACCUUGGCCCUAUCUCAGUAAAGUUUUUUUAAUAUGCUGUAGUAAGCAAAGACUCACAUAAAAUAAGGUGGCUCCCUACAGAAAGCAGGAACUCCAUCUAAUUUGAAAAAGUGCUUAGGGAAGUUUUGCUAAUUUGGUAACAUGAACUAGAACUUCAUCGGCCUGUUUUCUUUGCUAAUGCCAGGUUAGACUAGCAAUGAUUGAUUUCAGGCUCUAAGGCAGGAAACAAGUCAAAUUCUAGCUAAUGGUAAAUAUUGCAGAGAUUGCAUGAUGAACUUAGAGAUGUGAAUGAUGUUUCCACUAACAGUUUUAGUCAAGUAAUAAAAAUUACUUUCCACAUGAAA